GCUGAACUUUCACAGUCUAGCCGUGAACAACACGGCUUGAUAUUAAAGUUUUUUUAGUUUGGAUACCUGGAUUAGUUUUUGGUCGUCAAGAUGGCAGACGAAGCCAGAAGGAACCUGAUGCUGUUCUUCGACCGGCCCACGGAGCCCUGCUUCAUGCAGAAGGGCGACGACAAGACUGUCUUCCAGCUGCCCGACCAUUACUACCCGGACAAAUACAAGGCGUUGAGCACGACGCUGUCGGACCGCUUCGGGACCGACGACGCCAGGAUCGUUCAGGUUUCCAACAUCGGGCUGCCCGACCUGAGCCUGCCGAAGCAGCUGCCUUACAACGAGCAGUUCUCGCUUUUCAUCCAGAAGCACAGGGAGAUGGCUGGCAGCCUCAUCGACACCCUUGUCGGCAUGCGCAACAUAGAGGAUCUCACUUCGGUUUGUUCAUAUUGCCAGCUGCAUAUCAACCCUUACAUGUUCAACUACUGCCUCGCAGUUGCACUUCUGCACAGAGACGACACCAAGGGUUUCAACGUACCCACUGUGGUCCAAACCUUCCCAGACAAGUUCAUGGACCCCAAGGUGUUCCGCAGGGCUAGGGAGGUGUCUAACGUCGUGACGACAGGCCCCAGGAUGCCGGUCGUGAUCGAGCAGAAUUACACAGCCUCAGACGCGGAGCCCGAGCAGCGCGUGGCUUACUUCCGCGAGGACAUUGGCAUCAACCUGCACCACUGGCACUGGCAUUUGGUGUAUCCCUUCGAAGCCGACUUCGCCAUCGUCAACAAGGACAGGAGGGGAGAACUCUUCUAUUAUAUGCACCAGCAGAUCAUUGCCAGAUACAAUGUGGAGCGCUUCUGCAACGGGCUGGGCCGCGUGGAGCGAUACACCAACUUCCGAGCCCCCAUUGCGGAGGCUUAUUUCCCCAAACUGGACUCCCAAGUCGCCAGCCGUGCUUGGCCUCCAAGGUUCGCGGGUUCGAUCCUCCGCGAUCUGGACCGUCCUGUUGACCGGAUCAGGAUUGAAGUCUCCGAGCUGGAGAGAUGGAGGGAUCGCUUCCUCCAGGCUAUUGAAGAAAACGCUGUACUAGUGCCUGGAAACCGCAAGGUGCCUCUUACUGAGGAGACAGGAAUUGAUGUGCUCGGCAACUUGAUGGAGUCGUCUAUCCUGAGCCGUAACCGCGGCUACUAUGGGGACCUGCACAACAUGGGCCAUGUCUUCUGCUCGUACGCUCACGACCCUGACCAUCGCCACUUGGAGCAAUACGGCGUGAUGGGAGACUCGGCCACCGCCAUGCGAGACCCGUUCUUCUACCGCUGGCACGCGUACGUUGAUGACAUCUUCAACAUGCACAAGGUUAAGCUGCCGAAGUAUGGCGCUGACAGGCUGGACUUCCCUGGUAUCCGCGUGUCUUCUAUCAGCGUGGAGGGUCCCGCCGGUAGGAACACCUUCGGCACUCAGUGGGAGCAGAGCACGGUGGACCUGGCCAGGGGACUCGACUUCACUCCGAGGGGCAGCGUGCUGGCACAGUUCACCCACCUCACGCACGAGGAGUUCACUUAUGUCAUCGAGGUGAACAACUCCACCGGGCGAUCCACCACGGGCAUGUUCCGGAUCUUCAUCGCGCCGGUGAACGACGACCGCGGGCAGCCUCUCAGCUUCGCAGACCAGAGGCGGCUCUUCAUCGAGCUCGACAAGUUCUCGCAGCCACUGAAUACAGGCAAUAACACAGUCCGUCGCAGCAGCGUCGACUCCUCCGUGACCAUCCCCUACGAGCGGACUUUCAUGGACCAGACGAAGCGCCCUGGAGACCCGGGCUCCGCCACCGCGGCGGAGUUCGACUUCUGCGGCUGCGGUUGGCCGCACCACAUGCUGCUCCCCAAGGGAACCGCGCGAGGGUACCCCAUGGUGCUAUUCGUGAUGGUGUCCAACUGGAACGACGAUCGCAUCCUGCAAGACACGUCAGGCUCUUGCAACGACGCAGCCUCGUACUGCGGCCUCCGCGACCGGAAGUACCCGGACCGGCGCGCCAUGGGCUUCCCGUUCGACCGCCCGGCGCAGGCUUCGACGCUGAGCAGCUUCCUGCGCCCCAACAUGGCGAUACGGCCCUGCAGCGUCCGGUUCACGGACCAGGUCAGGAUCCGGCCGCAGCAGUAGGUGGAUCUAAUGGUUGUUCAGACAAGACAGAAGUUUUUUGUAUCAGGGAUAGGUACCCGACAAAAUUUAAAACGGUUUUUAAUUGUAUCGGUCACAAAUCAAUACUUUAGUUCUGAUUUUGUCAGGUGUACAUUUUUGGAAGUAAGAAAAGUUGAAAAACUGAUUAAGAUUGAUUUAGAGUUUGAACAUUUCUCAAAGCAAUUUUAGUAUCGAUAGCUGUUAAAAUUAAUAGCUGAUAAAUAAACAGAACAUUCUCGUUAUUGUUGUAAUAUAACUUCUAUGUAGGUAUGUUUCAACAAAAUGACUUUGUCUAUAAAGAACAAUAAAUGACGCGUUUUGUGACAAAUAUGUUAACUACCAAAAUAUCCAAAAAAGCAGAUACCAAUGUACCGUUACUUUA